AUGGCGCGCGACCAUGCGGCCGAAGCUCCGGCCCCCGACGUCAAACAAGACCCCAAGGAAGCGGCUGAGCCCACGACGCCGCAUCCCGAAACACCCGAGAAGCGGAGUUCGUCGUUUAUGAAUUUCUUUGCGUCCAUUCUGGGCUCCAAGAACCCGCUCGCCCAGCCUGCAGAUCCAGACACUCAUACCGUUUGGCUGCUGGAUAAUACGGCCUACCAGCCCGUCGCAGCAGACGGAGCGUCAUCACCGACUGCGACCGCGGAGCAGCCGUCAUGGCGGGCCGAAGUGGUCGCAUGCAUCUUUGAGCGGGAGGGCCGGAAAGAUAUCGGCAAGCUGGUCGCAACGAUCGCAGACCACAUCGGACUGGACGGCGAGCUGGGCGCCGAUGAAGACUCGCGGCAGCACAUCAAGCAGCGCGUGCAGCCGUUCUUAGACCAAGUGGCGCCGUCGCGGACGCUGACGCUGGAGAUUGCAGUCGACGAACCGGCGCAGGUGCACGCGCUGGGCCCCUCCGACCGUAACGGCAUCGUCAGCCAGGAUGUCGAUCUGGGCGCGGUGGAUGUGGACGAUGGCGGCGUGGUGCGGCCACAGCUACAAGGAUUCGGCCCAGAUCCCGCUUCGAUGAAUACGACGUUCGCGGCGCCCGAGGGCUGGCUGGUGAUCUCGGACAUUGACGACACGAUCAAGUACACACAGACGCGCGAGCCGACGGGGAUCCUGCGCUCAACGUUCGCCGACGAGCCCGAGCCUAUCACGGGCAUGCCGCAAUUCUACGAGCAUAUCGAGGCCGAGCUGGUUCCUGCGUGGUUCUAUCUUUCUGCCUCCCCAUACAACCUCUACCCGUUCCUGCACCGCUUCCUGCGCGAGCAAUAUCCGCCCGGCACGCUCGUGCUCCGCGACUACGCGUGGAUGGACGUGAGCGGGCUCAUCCGAUCCUUCACCGAGAAGACGCACGAGUACAAGGUCGACCGCAUGGAGAAGAUCCGGCGCUGGUUCCCGCGCCGCCGUGUGCUCUGCAUCGGCGACUCCACCCAAGAAGACCCCGAGGCCUACGCCGACAUGUACCGCCGCUACCCGAACUGGAUCCAUGCCAUUAUUAUCCGCAAGGUGACCGAUGUCGCCCAUAUGGAGGAGCGUAAUCGACCUGAGCGGUUUGAGCAGGCCUUCCAGGAUGUGCCGGCCCAUGUAUGGACUAUCUUUGAGGAUACUAGGGAGCUGCAUGAUUUUGUUGAUGGGCUGGGUAUGGAGGAUCAGGCGCUGUAG